CUCUCUCAAGCCAUCAUAGACAAGAAGGUCAACCUUCUGCUUCUCCUCUCCUCCUUCUACACACCCACCUCCUAUACCACACUUCUUCCACCACUCAAACCACCGCAAUCAUGGCUGCAUCUGGACACAAGAGACAGCUCACCAAGGCUACCGGCGAGGAAAUCGACGUUGAUGUUCUCGUCAUUGGUGCCGGUCCCACCGGUCUGGGUGCUGCGAAGCGUCUGAACCAGAUUGACGGCCCAUCAUGGUUGAUUGUCGACAACAACGAGGUGCCGGGCGGUCUGGCCUCCACUGAUAUCACACCCGAAGGCUUCCUCUACGAUGUCGGCGGCCACGUUAUCUUCUCCCACUACAAAUACUUCGACGACUGCAUCGACGAGGCUCUUCCCAACGAAUCCGACUGGUACACUCACCAGCGCAUCUCCUACGUCCGCUACAAGGGUCUAUGGGUCCCAUACCCUUUCCAGAACAACAUCUCCAUGCUUCCAAAGGAGGACCAGGUCAAAUGCUUGGAAGGUCUGAUCGAUGCGUCGCUCGAGGCAAGAGUUGCAAGGGACAAGCCAAAGGAUUUCGACGAGUGGAUUCUUCGCAGUCUUGGUGAGGGUAUCGCGGACAUCUUCAUGAGGCCGUACAACUACAAGGUCUGGGCCGUGCCCACCACAAAGAUGCAAUGUGCAUGGCUCGGUGAGCGUGUCGCCGCACCCAAUCUCAAGAUGAUCACCACCAACGUGGUUCUCAACAAGAUCGCCGGUAACUGGGGCCCGAACGCAACCUUCAAGUUCCCUGCCGAGGGAGGCACCGGAAACAUCUGGAUUAAGGUCGCCGAGACCCUGCCCAAGGAGAAGACUCGCUUCGGACAGCACGGAGCGGUUCAGCUCGUCGAUGCCGACAACAAGCGUGUCCUCCUCGGCGACGGGACCACCGUGAACUACGAGAAGCUCGUUUCCACCAUGUCUGUCGACCACCUUUGCGACACAAUGCGCGGCCACGACGAUCUCAAGGACCUCACAAAGGGCCUCUUCUACUCCACCACUCAUGUCAUUGGUGUGGGUAUUCGCGGUGAGCGUCCCGAACGCAUUGGCGACAAGUGCUGGCUGUACUUCCCCGAGGACAACUGCCCAUUCUACCGCGCUACCAUCUUCUCCAACUACUCGCCCAAGAACCAGCCCGAGGCAUCCAAGAAGCUAGCCACCAUGCAACUGGCGGACGGCUCCAAGCCCGAGUCCACCGAGCCAAAGGAGGGUCCUUACUGGUCCAUCAUGCUCGAGGUUUCCGAAUCCAGCAUGAAGCCAGUCAACGGCGAGACCAUCCUCCCAGACAACAUCGCCGGUUUGGUCGCCACCGAGAUGCUCAAGCCGACGGAUGAGAUCGUCUCCGUCUACCACCGCCGUUUCGACCACGGGUACCCCACUCCAUCGCUCGAGCGUGAGGGUGUCCUCACUCAGCUUCUCCCCAAGUUGAAGGAUCUCGACAUAUACUCCCGCGGUCGCUUCGGUAGCUGGAGGUACGAGGUCGGCAACCAGGACCACUCGUUCAUGCUGGGUGUCGAGGCUGCGGACAGCAUUGUCAACGGCGCGGCUGAGCUGACGCUGAACUACCCCGACUUUGUCAACUCGAGGAAGAACGACGAGAGGCGGUUGACGGACGGUGCGCAGGCGUUCAGCAAGAAGAAGCAGAACGGUGUGCCAUCCCGGCCGAAGGCUUAG